UUAUGGGUGAUGAGUCAGUACCGUUUUUGCUGGACCAAGGAACCACUAAAACUUAUCAAAUACCUAUUGGUCAUCUGGAUUAUAAAUUCAUUGAAAAAUGCACAGAUGUUAAACACCUGGAAAAGAUUCUCAGGGUAUUAAGGUCUGGUGAAGAGGGAUGUUAUCCUGAACUUACAUUGUUUUGUGAAAAGCGUAUUGAGCAUCUAGAUCCAAGGAGCAGAGCUCUGAGAAAAGAAAAGCCUGCAGCCACAGCUUCUGAUUUCACAGCUGAAGAAUGGAAAACAAUUAAUAGUGAACUAACGAGCUGGGUGACAGAAAUGAAUGAAUAUGAUAAACCACAGUUCCUGAGAACAGACACAUUACAUGAAAGACAAGAUGAUUUGCCUCCUGUUCGUUCUUCCAGUGGCUGUCUUCCUAUAAUUGUAAAUCUGCAACUCUACAAACGAUUACGUUGGUCUAGCUUGGUGAAUGAUGGAUUGCAAGGUAAGAGGAGGGCUGAACGGUCAGGACAGAGUGGAUGGGAAUAUUUUGAACUGGCUGUUCCACUAAACAAGAAAAACAUACCACGGGAUUACAGUGAAUGGGACAAGUUUGAUGUGGAAAAGGAGUGUUCUAAAGUUGAUGAAGGCUGUGAAGAAAGUAACUCAAAAAAGAAAGAGAAGAUUUUUAUUGCUGCUCGUGAAAAAGAGAAGGGCAAUGAAGCCUUUGCCAUUGGCGAUUAUAUGGAAGCAGUGACAUACUAUACUCGGAGUAUAUCAGUAAUACCCACUGCAGCUGCAUAUAAUAACAAAGCUCAAGCAGAAAUCAAACUUCAGGACUGGGACAGUGCUUUGCAGGAUUGUGAGAAGGUACUAGAUAUGGAACCUGGCAAUGUAAAAGCUCUAAUGCGCCGUGCCACUGUACACAGUCAGCUGCAGAAUUACCAGAGAGCUGUAGAGGAUCUGAACAAAGUAUUGAGUGUUGAACCAGAAAAUGCUAUAGCUAAGAAAAAUCUGCUAGAGAUUGAAAAGAAACUGAAAGGUUUAAAGCCUGUAUCUCAGACUCAAGGCAAAGGAAAAAGAAUACUUAUUCAAGAUAUAGAGGAUUCAGAAGGUGAUGAAGAAAGAGGGGAAAAUACAGAAGAAUGUGAAAGAAGCAGUGGAGAUAAAAAAGCUGGCGUGCCAGUAAGGCAGGCGGCUGCUGAGGAGGCGGCGAUGGGGAACGCGCAGAGAAAGUUUCAUAGCAGAGGAGCAGGCAGUAGGGCGGAGGACAGAGAGACACAGAAGCAGAAGGAAUCCACUGAGAGCGGACCGAAAAAAGGCACAUCAGAGAAGAAACCACAGAAGCAUUUGUCAGCCCAUGAAGGUGAAGUUAAUGGCUAUUUACACCGUGAUCAAAAGAGUGAAAGCCCCGAAGCUGAGGAGAACUCCAGCUGGCAUGGAGCAGGGGCUCAGGCGGCGGGUGGUGGUGGUUCUACUUCACUGCCUCCUACUGCAGCGAAACUGAAGAGUGAUGGAAACGAGUUAUUUAAGAGUGGACAGUUUGGAGAAGCUGUGCUCAAAUACUCGGAAGCAAUUGAAUAUGUCAUUGGUCUAGGAGAACAAAGUCCAGGUGAUUUAAGUAUCUUGUACUCAAACAGAGCAGCGUGUUACCUCAAAGAAGGGAACUGCAGUGACUGCAUUCAGGAUUGUAACAGAGCUCUGGAGCUUCAGCCGUUUUCCCUUAAGCCUCUUCUACGACGAGCAAUGGCAAAUGAGUCUAUGGAGCGGUAUCGACAGGCAUACAUUGAUUAUAAAACAGCCCUACAAAUAGACAGCGGCAUCCAAGCAGCAAAUGAUAGUGCUAAUAGAAUAACGAAGACUUUAAUAGAACAGGAUGGUCCCAGUUGGAGGGAGAAACUGCCGCCAAUUCCGGUUGUCCCGGUUGCUGCUCAGCUACACAGGUGGGAUGGAGGAAACUUUACUUCAGAGGACAAGCCAAGAAGUGCUACACAUAUCAACAGAGAAGAACAGUUGCAGAUGAAUUGUGAGAAAGCUGAGGAGAAGUUCAAGAUGUUAAAAAAUGAAGGGAAUGAUUUUGUAAAAAAGGGUAAAUAUGAAGAAGCUGUAAAUAAAUACAGUGAAUGCAUGAAGUUAAAUACUGAGGAAUGUACGAUCUACACGAACAGAGCUCUCUGUUACUUGAAACUGUAUAAAUAUGAAGAGGCUAAGCAGGAUUGUGAUCAUGUUCUUCAGAUAGAAGAUUCUAAUAUUAAAGCUUUUUAUAGAAGAGCACUAGCGUACAAAGGAUUACAGAAUUACAAAGCCAGCGUCGAUGAUUUCAACAGAGUACUUCUAAUAGAUCCAAAUGUCAUUGAAGCAAAAAAGGAGCUGGAGGAGGUGACCCGACUGCUUAACCCUGACAGCAGUGCUGUAGCUGGCAGUGAACAGAAGCAAAGGAAGAAAAUAAACAUACAAGAGGUGACUGAAUCUGGUGAACAGGAAGAGAGACAGUUUGCCACAUCAGAAGAUGUUGUGGCUGGUCAUGUUACUUCUAAGAAAGCGGUUGAAAAGAGUGAGCCACUGAAGACCUCUGAGAAACUGCUUAUUUCUGAACCAUCUAAUGCUUAUGACUUUGGUCAGAUUAUAAAUGCAGUGAAUACCAAUAGGGAUAAAGCUGCUUGUGCAGAUCUUUUAACAAUUACUGAUCCCAAAAAUUUGCCAGUGCUGCUAAGUAACAAACUUGAAGGAGAAAUCUUUUUGAUUUUUAUCCAGUCGUUGGAAUAUUACGUAGUUGGAAAAGAUCCUGGCCUUGUAUAUCGGCACCUUUUCUACUUGAGCAAAGCAGAAAGAUUUAAGGUGGUACUGGCCCUUCUUAGCAAAAAUGAAAAAGAACAGGUUCGGCAACUGUUUGACUUGCUUUCAGAAAACCAGAAUGAUCAGUACUCUUCAGAAGAUCUCGAGAGCCUUAAAAAGGUUUAUGAACUUUAA